CGAAGAAGAUAUUGACUAAUGACAGUGGCAGCGUCGAAUAUGUCUGUGGAUAAUUGAUAAAAGUUAAAUAAUUAUGUGUCAAUGUAAUUAAAAAAAAAGAACAAAAUAAGAAAUGUGCUUCGCAGAUUACUAACUAGACCAUUUUUUAAUAUCGUUAGUUCAUCAACACCACAAUUAAUAUGAAAUCGUGAUGAAAAAGAGAGGAUCUUAGAAUGUAAAGAAGGAUGGUAGGUGGCUUCAUCUGAAUUUUCAAGUAUGAUUGAGAGUGUCUCUAAAAGAGCAUUCAGUGGAUCUAGUGGUACAUAUAAUGUACAUGCAUUAGAACUGGCUGCAGCGAGAGAAAGAAAAUUAAAAACAUUAAGUAUUACUGUGAAAUUUCUAGAUGACACAGAACAUGUUUUUCAUAUUGAAAAACGUGCCAAAGGCAGUACGUUAUUGGAACAGGUUUACCAUCAUCUUGAGCUAGUUGAAAAAGAUUAUUUUGGAUUGCAGUUUUCAGAUAAUGGUAAUUUACCCGGAAAAAGAAGUUCUGCGUGGAUGCGCUGGUUAGAUCCGUCCAAGUCAAUAAAAAAACAGCUGGGAACCUGUCAAUAUCCUUUAUAUUUUAGAGUUAAGUUUUAUGUAUCCGAUCCAAGUAAACUCCAAGAAGAAUAUACCCGUUAUCAGUUUUAUUUACAAUUAAGAAGAGAUAUUUUAGAAGGGAAGUUAUAUUUACCCCCAAGCACUGCCAUACUAUUAGCUAGUUAUACUGUACAAUCUGAAUUAGGUGAUUAUCAACCUGAAGAACAUGGACCAAAUUACUUAUCAAAUAUUCAACUUGUUCCAAAUCAAAAUGAUGACAUUGAGAAAAAAAUAUCAGAAUUACACAAACUGCACAAAGGCCAACUUCCUGCAGAUGCUGAAUUCAAUUUUUUGGACCAUGCCAAAAGGAUUGAAAUGUAUGGAGUAGAAUUACAUAAAGCUAGAGAUAGUGCAAAUAAAGAAAUCCAAUUGGGAGUGACACAUUUAGGUUUAGUAGUGUUUCAAAAUAAUAUUCGAAUUAACGUUUUUUCAUGGUCUAAAAUUAUGAAAAUUUCAUUUAAAAGGAAACAGUUUUUUAUACAACUUCGUCGAGAGCUGUCUGAAUCGUAUGAUACCUUGCUUGGUUUCAACAUGGAGACAUAUCGUUCAUCUAAAACUCUUUGGAAAUCAUGUGUUGAACAUCACACAUUUUUCCGCCUUCAUUCACCGAGAGUGAAAAGAAAAUUUCCAUUGUCUCUUGGUUCCAAAUUCACAUAUUCUGGAAGAACAGAAUAUCAAACAGUGGCAGAGGUACGACAGAGAGGGAUUUUAGAAAGAAAAUUCGUGAGAUCGCCCAGUAAAUAUUUGGUGGGUCGCACUUCUACUCAUACACCUCCACAUUUAGAAGAUAGAGGAAAACUGAUAACAGCUCCUGCUAGACCACCAGGACCUUACGCUCAUAAAGUCACUUCAUUAGACACCAAAGAACCUAAAAAAGCAUGGACUGAAGACAGUAGGAUAUCAGAUGAUGAUGGAGGUUUUUUGGAAAGAACACUAGAAGGUCCCUUUUCGCCUGGAAUAGCAGGAAGAGUUAUAAGUUAUGCAGAUGAAGAACCACCUUCUCCCACUUCUAAUGGAUUAUAUGAUACUCCGCCAUAUAGUUUAAGUCAUUCCCCUACGUCGCAAAUAAUCGAUGAUAAUUUAGUAACGAUUGUUCUCCAUCCUGAUGAAGAAGGAAAAUAUGGUUUUAAUGUGAAAGGUGGAAGUGAACAAAAUGUGCCUAUUUUAGUAUCUAGAGUAGCUCCAAAUACACCUGCAGAUAAAUGUGUGCCAAGAUUAUCGGAAGGCGAUCAGUUGUUACAAAUUAAUGGCCACGAUGUAACACACGCUCUUCACCAAGACGUUGUCAAAUUAAUUCAAGAAGCUAGAAUUACAAAUUCAGGUAAGCUAGUAUUAAUGGUGAAAGCCAACGUCUUGUAUCAAGGUUAUGAAGACUAUGAAGAACCGCCAUAUCAAUAUGUACCUGCAGGAGACAUAGAACCUCCAUCUCCUGGAAACGCUCUCCAACAAAGUAUGCUAUUGUUAGCUGAUGGAUUAGCUAGUGGAACAUUAAUAGCGCGAUACGAAACACUUUUUAGAAAACAUCCUGAUUUGACAUGCGAUGAAUCGCUAAAAUCACAAAAUGUGAAUAAGAAUCGAUAUAGAGAUAUUUUGCCAUAUGAUACGACUAGAGUUGUGUUGAAAAGUGGUACAAAUGGUGACUAUAUCAAUGCAAAUUAUGUAAACAUGUCAAUAUCUGGUACUGAAACAGUUAACCAUUACAUAGCAACUCAAGGUCCUUUACCAGCGACCACUGAAGACUUUUGGCAAAUGAUCCUUGAAGAAAACUGCAAUUUGAUUGUAAUGUUAACUACUCUUAUAGAAAGGGGACGAGCCAAAUGUCAUAAAUACUGGCCGAGUAUAGGUGAAACCUUAACUAUGCAAAAUACUACUAUAAAAUGUAUUUCUGAAGAGACUGAUCCUUCUGAAAGUUUUGUUUUUAGAGAUUUUGUUCUUUGCGACAUUAAGAAUAAUGAAUCAAGAGAUAUAAAACAUAUGCAAUAUAUUGCGUGGCCUGAUCACGGAGUGCCUGAUUCCCCACAACAAUUUCUAAAUUUUACUGAAAAGGUUCGAUCGGCAAGGAAAGGUUCUGCUCCUGUAGUGGUACAUUGUAGUGCCGGUAUCGGCAGAACGGGUGUGAUGGUAUUGAUGGAAACUGCUUUAUGUUUAAUGGAGGUUAACGAACCAGUUUAUCCUUUAGAAAUAGUUAAAACUAUGAGGGAACAACGAGCUAUGAUGAUACAAAAUGCUAGUCAAUAUCGCUUUGUUUGUGAAAGCGUGCAUGCUGCAUAUAGCGAUAAUAUAAGCGUAGAUAAAUCAGUAAGUCAAUUGGAAUAAUGAUUGGAUGAUAUCUCGAUUAAAGAUAUGCACAAGGAGUAUAUCAACAAGAUUUUUCUGUAGAAAAAUCUGGUUAGACUGAGUGAUACAAAAAUAAUGCACUUAAAAUCAGAAAUUUCAUAUCGAUAGCUGCUAGUCAAUUAUAUUGUCAAAAAAUUUUCAGGUUUAUCAUAUGUCUGAGACUGAAAUUUAGUGCCAUAUCUUUUCUAUAAAACCCCUUUUUUGCAAGCGAUUUCAUAUUUUUAUUUGAAAAUUUUUAUAUUUUUAGUACUUUUUGUAUAGAUAUACUACUUAAAUUGGUAUUAUAUAUCUGGUCUUUUCUACACUUUUUACAACCUAAAUAAUGUUUUAGCUAUUAUAUCAAAAAUUAAACUGUGCACUUACCGUUUACAAAUAAUAAGUAUGCUUAAAUGAUAUCAGCAACCUAUUCUCUGUAAUAAAAAACACUGUCAUGUGGUAAUUGAGAAACCUACAAAGGGCCUCGACAAAAGAGAAGAUAGAGAAAAAUGACAUGACCAAAGAUAUAGAAGAAUAUAAAAAAAUGUCGAGCACAUAACAAGUCGAACAGUCUGAUAGUUAAAACGGUUUUAAUAAUAAUAUAAGAGAAUCAGUAUUGUUAUUUCAUACAUUUCUUUAAUGUUAUAUAUUGUGUAUAAAAAUUUUAUGAAUACGUGCUGCUACAAAUAGAACAGUCAUACAUAAACAUUUCCAUCUUAAAUUAUUAUUAGUGGUUUAAAUUCAAUAACUGGAUCCUCAUCUUGAAAUAUUAUCACCUAUGAAUUAAACAAUGAGCUCUUCAUCAUCGUUUUCCUUCAACAGCAUCAAAGAAAGACUUCAAAUGCCGAAACUAAUGAUGAUGAGGACAGUACUAAGUCGCUUAUCGCCGUUUCUCUAUACAACUCACGAGUUGUCAAUGUAUUUCACUUAAUUAAACUUUUCUCGUAUUCUUUAUUACUAGUAGUUGUCGAUAAUAAUUUAAGUUUCAAACUUAUUUGUAUGUUAUUUCAACUGAUUUUAAUUGCAAACUUCCAUCACUACUAAUUAUGUGAUUUUGAUAAGCCUUAUACAUAAUAGAACCUGUCCAAUACAUAAACCUACUUUUUAAAAUGUAUUAUCAUUUGAUGUUAUUUACUUAGGUCUAUUGUUUACGAAUUUUGUACAAAAAUGUGAAAAACAAUCACAACAUUGUUCUGGCUUACAUAAUAACAUAUUUAGUUUGUUUUUUUGUUUCACAAUAACAACUGAUAAAAGAUAAAAACUUAAAUCAUAGACAAGCUCAAAAUACUAUAUUACGACAAUAAUUCAUUAAAUCGAUAACUAAUGGAGUAGAGAAAUAUAUAUUAACUAUCUAAGGUUGUUUAUCUUGUGCCAUUGGCCAUUGGUUUUUGUUUUCAAAUAUAAAAUGGAAAGUAACCCUUUUGUGAAUUGAACGGUAUAUGGUAACACUGCCUAUACUAUUAGAUGUGUGUAGGAGAACAGCCACCUCAUUACUUUCGAUGUUUUAUAGUGUCUACGGGAGCAGUAUUUAAUAUUUUUACCUGUCGUAACAUGCCAUUUAGCUUGUUACGUUUUUCUUCAAACAUUUUGAUUAUUCCUUUGUUCACGUAUUGUGGCACAGUAGUCAUUUCUAAUUAUUCGAACAUUCGAGUUUUUGAAGACAUUAAUUGGUUAGACUUCCCCACUCCAUUUGAAGAAUUCAAUAAUACUAUAGUUCUAUUGUUAAAUCGUCCUCAGUCUAUAUACCCUCUUAAAGUGUUUACAUCAAAGUAAAUUUAGUAAAAUUUGUGGUGAUAUUAUUCUUUACAAGAAUAAAUUCCAAGUUCUUGUAGGUUUUUUUGAGGUGUACGAAAUGAUCGACAGUAAAGGAAGCAUAGAAACCGCCUUUGUGAAGCAGAACUGCUUUAAGACUUCUUUUUGAAGAAUCUAUGAAAAUAUCCCACUGUGCUGGGUCGUAUGAGAUCUUAAUUGUCUUCAUCAAGCCUUCAAUAAACCAACUCGUCCUCUUGGGCAAAGUAGGAAGUGAACUGCUUCUCACGGUAUCUAAACCAUGAGAAAUACAUUCCCGGCAAAAGUAAGUUCUUGCUUUUGGACCUUGAUCCAAGCAACUCAGCAGCGUUUUUAGGAAGAUUCAAGUUUCUUACCAAAUAAUUUAGCUCGCCCUGGCUAAACAAUUUCGAACUGCUGUCAUCUUAAAAUGCAAAACUUGACUUGUUAUUGGGUUCGGGUACAGCACCAUCUUCGCAAAACUUGGAAUCUCUUCCAGGGUAGCAGGGGCCUUGGGCACUGGCAUAUCGGUCCCAUGAGGGACGAGAUGAAUAGCUGAUUGCAGAUUGGGGUAUGAAAUUGGCUGCUUCCGUUUUGAAUUAUACCCUUUCACAGAACACGAAGAAAAGUAACAAUCAUCACUAUGAUUCUUUUGCUUGCUCCAUAUAAUAGGAAUCGCAUAUUGGAAAGCUUUUUUCUUGACCUUAAACCAAUUUCGAAGGUCUUCAACAAAGAGUUUUAACCAAAAUACGCGAAGUAUACUUUUUUUACAAAGUCCGUAUUAUUUAGUUGUUGCUUUAAUAUCAUAUAUUCGCCACAACAGAAACUGUCAGACGAAUUCACACACUUCCAAACAGACUACACUACACUUAACCAAGAGAUUUAAAAAUAAUAAUCAAUAUAAAAUUGUACUCAUUUAUUCAUGACAAGUUAGCCCAAAAAUUUAAUUAAAUUUAGCGUUUUACAAAAUAAUCUGAAGUUCUAGAAUUUUUUGGGUAUUUUUUUAGUUUUCAGCUCAACACCUAAAUGUAUAGAAAUCGGUCAAAAACAUCUAGACAACAUUUUUGUUGCAGACCUGUGUAAUUUCCCGUAUAAAUUUGUAUCUUAUGUUUAUUUGGAGAACAGAACGAAUAGAAUAGAUUCCUGUUUUUUCUAUGUAUAGCAUAAACUCCUUUUUACUCAAAUAUAUUCUACAUCCUUCUCUAGUAAUUUCCAUCGGAAUUCUUGUUCCCUUCCUCAUUUCAUUUUUCCCCGCAGUUCUACGGCUGCUACAUGUACUAUUUGACUAUAUAAUUAUUUAAAAAUAGCUUUUAAAAGAUUGGGAUAAGCAGUCAAUGAUUUAAGUUGUAAAUUAAAAACUCCUUUGUCUUGAUUCACAUUAACAUUCUAAAAUUAAAACUUAGUAUGUAAAAAAAUCUAUGAAGCUUUUAUCAUUUAUAAAUUAUUACAAUAAAUAUAUUUUGUUAACGUCCUUUCGUCCGAAAUUACCAAAUUUAUUAAAUAAAUCGAAUUGUGAAUUUGUC